AUGUAUCGAAGCUGCUAUAUCUUUUGGGCAAUUUUCGUUUGGUUUUCAAUCACCGGCGGCGAAUCGAAAAGGCAAAUAGUCUACAACACCAUAGAAUGUUCUAUCAAGGGAAAGGUUUUCUCAAAGGUCGACUGUCAGCUGUACUCGCGGCUGGCCAUGAACCUCGCUGUGACCAUUGGGGAACAGAAAGCUGAUAAAAUGGUGGUAGUUUGCGAUGUAAAGUUUACUUACAAGGAUCGGCAGAAGAUAACACGAAUAAGGAAUCUCAAUUUGGAGGUAUGUCAAAUGAGGAAGGUCACCGAAAGACGCUCUGUGCUGGGAAUGUACUACAACGCACUUCGCAGGUCAGCUGUUAAUUUCCCGAAGAAGUGUCCCUUCGAAAAAAACACCACAUUGAUAGUAAAUCGAUUACAUUUUGGCUGGCAAGAAAUACCGCAAUACCUGCCCGACUCUAACUACUCUUUCGUGGGAAAGAUUUAUGCUAAUAAAGAGCUGGGAAUGGAGCUCAAGCUUACUGGUGGCUAUUAUGAUAUAAGCAAUUAUUCAAUCUACACAAAGCCCUUAAUUUAAAUUUUAAUAACAUUUAAUAAUUGCUUAAUUAAUUGCUAAAGGAAAAUGUAACUAAAGUUCUCCAAUAUCGAACUUGAAAAUAUGAUAACAAUUUCUGGGUUACAAAAAGUGUGUUUUAUUACGUCUUUGAGAUUAAUUUCGAAAUUUUUUAUUUACUAAUCAAAAAGAUAAGAGAUUCUUGGAAAAUGAGAAUGAAUUUUCCUAAAACUCCUUUUUCUUGAGCCUCCAAAAAUGAUUCUUUACAGCAAAUACUAAAUAAACCCAUAACAAUUUUAAUUCAUGUUGAGUACCAACAUCAUUGAACCAUUUUCCAGAUUCUCUGUAAUC